AAGUCAGCGUCGAACCAGCAACGUCAAAACGUCUCAUAUCCCAGACAAUCUCUCUAAUGUCAGUGCUGCGAUAAAAUGUGUCCAGUCCAUAUGGCAAAAAGAAUUAUGUUUAAGAUUCAUCCAACACAUGCAAGCAGAGAAAAGAAGGAUAUAAAAACGAUGGUGAUGAUAAAUAAACUAUAUGUCAUCGAGGCUCCCUCCUGUACAAAAUGUAGGAAGAUUAGCGCGUAACUAAUAAUGGGAAAUACGGCGCCGGUUGACAAUUUUAUAUUCGAGCUUCGGGACAAGAACAAAGAUGGGAAGUACUUUUGCCAGGAAGCCUUAACUUGGAUUUCAGAUUCCGCACAUUCGUCAUAAUGAGGAAUAAACAAACAUAAGCUAAAGGCAUUCUUUCGUUAAAAUGUUAUUACAUAAGACAUAAACGCUCAGCGGUUGUACUAAAGUAAAGUACAUUAUGUUGCUCACACACACGUCAAAAGCCGUCAAUAAAUAAAUACCGAAACAUACAAGAGAUUCCCAAAUGUUGUGGGCAGUGUAUAAAAGUUACCACAGUAUAUAUAUUUAUAUAAGGGCAUUACUAUAUAAUAAUGCCUCACGCCAUGAGGGACUCUAAGGUCAGACUACUAUAAAAAGCACAUUUUUACCGAAUGCGAGGAAAUGCAACUCUCAAAGCCAACCCCUUAAAAACGAACUAAACUAUAGAUCAUGAUUUCGGAGUUAUUGUAGUAUUAUACAACUUCUACUCGUCAGUACAAUAUGGUCCAGAAAAAUAGAAAUAAACAGUGAAUCAACAUACCAAACGAACAGUUGAAGUUUCAUGAGUUUACUAACUUAAAACGUUCUACUUGCCACCAUACUUCAUGUAUUUUAACCUCAUAAAUUCAUCAAAUCAAUUAUGUUUCGCUUUGAAGUCAUUUACUGUCGCAACAGUAUUACUUGAUCGAACAAACUUACUCUAUUCGCUUAAUAACACUUCGAGUGAAAAUAAAUAUAGAGUAUUAUUUCAACUACAACUAAGAGUUUCUGCAGAAGACAGGAAACUCGUUAACAAAACAAAGCAAUUGUAUGUUUAAAAAAUAACACUGAAUAAACAAUGGAACAAAAUGAAUUACGAGUUUAAAGUUGAAAUAAAUCGUUGCCAAUUGCCCUUCCCAGAAGCUGGUUACAUUACUAACUUUCUAAGGGGAGAUAACUCUAAGCCUAUACUGAAAUUUCAUUUCUUGUUGAAUCAUGUCACAGAUGGUGUGUUUAUUAUUCUUCUUUAUUUUUGUCGCUCGAUCUGCGAGUUCAAACUUACCUAUAGUCAUAAAUACAUGGCCUUUUAUUACAGCAAAUGCGAAAGCUUGGAGUGUGAUCAACAGUAAAGGAACAUCUGCUUUAGAUGCCAUUGAACAUGGAUGCUCCAUGUGUGAUUUGCAUCGACAGUGCGGCUCAAGUGUUGGAUAUGGUGGAUCACCAGAUGAAAAUGGAGAAACAACUCUUGAUGCAAUGAUAAUGGAAGGAAUCACUCAUUCUGUUGGAGCAGUUGCUGACCUGAGAAGGGUGAAGUCAGCAAUAUCUGUGGCCCGUGCAGUGAUGAAAUAUACUGACCAUACACUGCUUGUUGGAGAUGCAGCCACGAAAUUUGCUCUUCAAAUGGGCUUUAAGGAAUCAGAUCUGCAUACAAAUGAAUCAAUAGCAGUGUGGAAGAAGUGGCGUUCAGGUAAAUGUCAACCAAACUACUGGAAAGAUGUUGAACCAGACCCUAGAAAACACUGUGGACCUUACAAACCUGCCAAUCGUGACAACCCUCUUUACAAAUUCCAUGACCCACAAAAUUCACCUGAUAUCUCCGAAACUAACCAUGACACAAUUGGUAUGCUUGUUGUUGAUGCCAAAGGUAAUAUUGCAGGAGGAACUACCACAAAUGGAAUGACCCACAAAAUUCCUGGGAGAGUUGGUGAUUCACCAAUUGUUGGUGCUGGUGCUUAUGUGGACAAUGCAGUCGGUGGUGCUGUAGCUACAGGUGAUGGAGACGUUAUGAUGAGAUUUUUACCAAGCUUCCAUACUGUUCUCUUGAUGCAAGAGGGUUUAAGUCCAAGAGAAGCAACGAGAAAAGCUUUGAUUCCCAUAAUCAAGAAAUACCCAAAUUUUGCAGGAGCACUUGUAGCUACUACCAUCACUGGUGAAUAUGGUGCAGCCUGUCAUAAUUUUGGUGGAUCAGUUCAGUACACAGUUACAAAUCCUUCAUUGAAAAACUCAACUGUUUUCAAAAUAAAAUGUUCUAAACAUUUCAAAUUUUGAUUCAACUCAACAUUUACCAAUACGCAUUUACCUACAAGAGAUGUUCCAAAAGAAAAUUCAGCAAUGACAUUGGUGAAGAUGAGAACAUCAACUAACUAUACAUUUUAAUCAUGAGGAAAGAAGCAGAAGGAUGGUGUUAAUAUCUUAUAAAACAAGUGAAAUAAAUGUAUUAUUCUUUUAUUA